UCGAACUAGGGUUUCUUCUUGCCUAGGCGUUUUCUUCCUUACCAAUCUCUCUCGAGAUUUAGUUGUCGACUUUUUCUAGAGAAGUAUUACAGAAAGAGAAAGUAAUGGCGAUCAUUAGGGUGCAACGUUGCCAAGACAAACCAUUCAUGAAAUUCGUCAAGUUUUUAGGUAAAGGUUCAUACGGCUCCGUCGAUCUCUACCGUCACACAAAGCACGACGGUUCAACCUCCUUCACCGCCGCGAAGGUCUCCUCCGACCGUCGGACUAUCGAACGAGAGUUUCGAGUGCUCUCCCAACUCAAAGGAUCUCCUAGGAUCGUGCGUGUGUUUAGCAAUUCUCUCCACGAAGGAUUAGACUCUGACGGAAACAGAGUCUUCGAGAUGCCUAUGGAAUACGCUUCUGCAGGUUCUCUUUCCAGUUUCGUCCGUGCUAACAAACAGUUGAAUGGUUCGACCGUCAAUGACUUUACUCGGAUGAUACUUGAAGGUUUGGUCUCGGUUCAUAGCCACGGUUAUGUGCACUGCGAUCUUAAACCGGAUAAUCUCCUUCUCUUUCCGGUUUACGAUCAGCAAGCGUGGACUUACAGUUACCAACUCAAGAUUGCGGAUUUUGGAUUGGCGUUGAAGGAAGGAGAGGAAAAAUCUGAUAAUUGGUGUUACCAUUCUCCCUUUGUGGGAACUCCUUUCUACAUGUCUCCCGAGUCUGUCCGUGAUGGUACUGUCCGGAAAGGCCUAGAUUUGUGGUCUUUGGGUUGCAUUGUUCUCGAGAUGUACACUGGUAAGCGUCCGUGGUCAGAGUUUAGGAGUCUUUAUGAUCUUGAAGAUGUUUUAGUCGAGGACAAAAAAGUACCUGCGAUUCCAGACACUGUUCCGUCUGAUGCAAGGCAGUUUCUUGAAAAGUGUUUUGCACUGGAACCUGAAGAUAGAGGCACCGCUUCUGAGUUGCUUUUGCAUCCGUUUCUGGUCGGAGAUGAUAACAAGAAGAUUGCUGAUGAUGACACCAUCGUAAAGCCUGAUGCUAAAUUGGAAGAUAGUGUUACUACGAAGAAGGCAUUGAAAGUGAAGAUUGUUUCAUCCAAGCUCCAACUUUUUAAGAAACCUCUAAAGCUGAAGAUCAUUCCUCCGAGACCACCAGGAUUCACUUUUGUUCCUGUUCAGUAGAGUUUACUGAAAUAUUAGUUAUCACUGUAACAAAUGUUGAUUCUUUUAUCUAAUGUUCAGUUUGUAUCUGAUAGGAUGAAUACAGUUCCACUUUUUCCAGUUUGUAUCUGAUAGAGAACAAUUGUGUACUAAUUAAGUAACUCAAAUUGAUUGCAACUUGUAAGAUGAAAAGUUUCUUUAACCACUUUGUUUUGGUUAAUGAGAACACUUGAGGUUGGCAUAAAAUAACAAAUCUGGUGUACCUGACCGAUGUAUAAAAUGAGAUACUUUUAUGCGUAAUAAAGACCCUUUUCCACGCACACGUGAUCUAAUAGUAAGUAUUAAAACGAUCAUCUGAAAUGAUAA